AUGAGCUCUCGCGUCAACGGCGACGAGCAGCAGCCCUUACUCGGUGGCAAUGGCACCAAGGCACCCUCCACCUCCCUCGUCGCGCGAUGUCGCAAGGUCCUCAAUGCCGAGAUCAACCGCUCCUGGGCUGACCUCGUGCUGCUCCUCUGCUACGUGGUGACGGGGCUGCUCGACAGCGCUUCCACUCUCGUUUGGGGCGCCUUUGUCUCCAUGCAAACUGGAAACACCGUCUACGUGGGCCUGGGUCUGGCCUCCCUCGCCUACCCGCCAGUGACAACACGUCUCUUCCGCUCGGGCAUCUCCCUGCUCUCCUUCUGCGUGGGCUCCUUCUUCUUCGCACGCUUCCACCGCUACUUUUCCCCCAAGCGUCGCUGGGUCCUCUGCGCGUCCUUCCUGGCGCAGACACUCCUCACCGUGGCCGCCGCCUGUAUCGUCACCUUCACGGAUGCCCCCGAGAGCCCAGACACGACCUCCUGGAACAUCCUCCUGCCCCUGGCGCUGGUGGCGUUCCAGAGCUGUGGGCAGGCGGUCACCAGCCGUGCGCUCAAGUACAACGCCCUCACCAGUGUCGUGCUGACCAGCAUCUACUGUGAUCUGUUCUCGGACCAGGACCUGUUUGCCAUGAACAACGUCGAGAGGAACCGGAGGGCGGCAGCGCCGCUGCUGCUGUUGGCCGGCGCCGUCGCCGGUGGUCUCUUUGCGCAUAGUGCUGUAGGCAUUGAGGGUGCCCUCUGGCUGGCUGCCAUUAUCAAAUUCACCAUGGCCGUGACCUGGUUCUUCUGGCCGGUUGAGGCUGAUGAGUAG